AUGGUGGGAACUACUCAAUAUCGAGAUGCUAUUACUCAUUUUGCUCAAGGGCCUGACGAGCCUUUUCAUGUGGCUUGGGAAAGAUUUAGAGACCUCCUUCGAAAGUGUCCUCAUCAUGACAUGCCAAAAUGGCAGCUUGUCAACUUCUUUCAUAAGGGGCUCAAUGAGGCACAAAGUCCAACUCACCAUGUGUCCAUUUGUCCAAGUGCAGCUCUGCAUUCAGGAAUUUCACAAGAGCAAGUUAAUGCUGCCUAUGGAACGCCCGGAGGGAAUAAUAUGUAUUCAAACACUUACAAUCCGGCUUGGAGAAAUCAUCCAAACUUCUCUUGGAGAAAUCUAGCCACAGGGACAUCAGCUCCUCCACCUCAAGUACCUCAAGUGCAAGGCAAUUUUCAAUCUCCAUUUCAGACUUCAAAUCCUCAAGGAUUCACUCCUAUGAAUGCCUUCAGUCAACCUCAAAAAUUCUUAUCAAUGCUCGAGGCAAUGAUGGCAAAGCAAAGAGAGAAUGGCAAGCUUCCUAGUCAACCAGUAGCUAAUCCAAGAGGUGUGCGUAUAAUUGAUGACAUUACUGGCCAAGAAGUCCGCCAUGAACAAGUGCAAGCAAUUACUACUUUAAGAAGUGGUAAGAGAGUUGAAAACAAGGUGGAAGAAGAUGAAGCAAAGAAGGAUGAAAAAUGGAAGAAAAUACUUGAAGAGAAUAAGGAGCAUAAUGAAAAAGCACAAGAAGAACCUCCAACUACUGAGCCAUCUCCAGAACAAAGGCAUGCACUUGUGCCAUUCCCUCAAAGACUACAAGAAACAUCAAAGGCAACGAAGCAAGCAAGCAAACUUCAGGACAUAAUGGAGAUGUUCAAACAGGUGAAGAUUAAUCUCCCAUUGCUUGAUGCAAUUCAGCAAAUUCCAGUUUACGCCAAAUUUUUGAAAGAUAUGUGUACUCAGAAGAGGCGUUCAAGUGGCCAUGUUCCUAAAAAGGUGCUAUUAGCUGAACAAGUCAGUUCCAUAAUCCAACAAUGCACUGCUCCAAAAUUCAAAGAUCCAGACGCUCCAACAAUUUCAUGCAUAAUAGGGAAUCAUCAAGUAGAGCGAGCUCUCCUAGAUUUGCGUGCAAGUGUAAACCUUCUUCCUUAUUCAGUUUACUUGCAACUCGGAUUAGGAGAAUUGAAACCAACCUCAAUUAUUCUCCAAUUGGCUGAUAGGUCAACCAAACAACCCCAUAGUGUCAUCGAAGAUGUGAUCAUCAAAGUAGAUAAAUUUUAUUUCCUAGUGGACUUUAUUGUGCUAGAUACCGAGCCAGUUCCAGAGUCAAGGGGGCACAUUCUAGUGAUCCUUGGUCGUCCUUUCCUUGCGACAGCAAAUGCAAGCAUAAAUUGUAGGAAUGGCGUCAUGGACUUAUCUUUUGGCAAUAUGAAGGUGCGCUUAAAUAUUUUCAAUGCCAGUAAUUGCCCUUUAUAUGAUAAAGAUUGUUUUCUUAUCGAUUCCAUCGAUAAAUGUGUUGAAGAGAUGGCCCCAUUUGCCUUGACAAAAGAUCCACUAGAAGCAUGCCUAUCUUACUUUGAUAACGAGUCCUUUGACAUCGACAAAAGCACUGAAGAGGUGAAUGUCAUUCUUGAUGGAGCCAAUAUGCUUAACAUUCCACCAUGA